ACUUCACAAAUGCAACAAACAAAUAUUGGAGUAUCCAGACCUCAAAGAAGAACUCUCGGUUCUGCUUAAGUUAUUAACAAUGCAGCGGAUGAAUGGUCAAAAAGUGUGCUUGGUAAAAUCGUUUGCCAGGAGGUUUUGGAAGUAAGGGAAGUUUUAGGUGAGAUUAAUGCGAUCUGGAAGAAAUACAAAAAAAAGGAAGCAAAAAGUCAUGGGUCCUAAUCUCUUUGUCUUCAAGUUCAGCACCACCAAUGAGUAGGAGGAUAUCAUCAAAAGGUCCUCGUGGACUGUGAAAGGCUACUUGCUUGCUGUAGAGAUCUAUAAUCCUAGAAUUCCGCUGGCAGAUACUAAAUUCCUGUAUCAAAAUUGGACUGUUAAGUUCAAAAAUCUUCAGUUAGAACACCUAAAUGUGUCUCUGGUGGAUGAGAUUAUUCAAGAUUUGGGAGGAGAAAAAAUUUAAAUAGAAUUUCAGAAUGCAACUAACAUCCCCACUUAAGAGAGGUCCUUUGCUAAGAACAACAUCUGGAGGUGAAGCCUGGGUUAAGUAUUACUGGGAAAAACAACCUUACAAUGUGUGCGACCAAUGUUUUGUCAUUGAUCAUUCUGAUGACAACUGUGAACAAAUCGCACAACAGUUACAACUCGAUUCGAUGUCAGCUGAAGAGUAUGAAGCUUGGAGUCUGGAACAAGAAGAGGAUUUUGUAGAUGGGGCUGCCCCUGAAGGAAACAAUGGUGAUGUUAACAUUAAUGGGGAGAAUGGAUUGGGUACUCUUAUCACUAGUACGAGUGUUACCAGCCAAGAUGGGUCCUUAUUGGUGGAUAAUUUCGGUGAAAAUGUGGAUAACUCAGAGGAAAGGAAUAGCAAAAGAUAUCGAGGUACUUCCGAACCAUUUCAAAACAACAUCAACUCUAAUCAAUCGAUUUCAUCCCUUCUCAUCUCUCCAAUCACUCGUUCUAAUCAACCCAAUCUGAAAAUCGCAGCUACAAACAUGACCAUUAAUCAACCUGAGUCAUCUACUGGCAAUCUAAUUGAACCCAUGGAUGGUGUGGAAAUGGAGGAAAUUGAGGCGGAAAGUGCAGUUGAAGGUGAUCUUACACUGAUUAAUAUCAUGGAGGCUGCUAAAAAGGGAACUACCUUGGGUGCAAGACCAUCUCAGGUCUAACUAGAAACGCCGAAGAAGCUGAAAGUUUGCUGUUUUAGAAGCAGUAUUGUGGGAAAAAGAGCAAGGAAAGAUCGAUGUCUGCAUAAUCAGUGAUGCAAAAGUAGUUUUAGAUUGUUUGAAUUAAAAUAAGGGAAAAUUAAGAAAAUGCCGAUGUCGGGAAAUGUAAUUAAGAAAGUGCCCACGUUUGUUUGAAAAUUAAGAAAAUGCCCAUGCCGUUUGUUUUUCCAUCUGGGCCCACCAAACCAAUAAACGCUCAUAGACUAAGUCAAUUUUUCAUUUAAAUAGAUGAGAUUCUGGUGGGUGCAAUUA